AUGCUGCCCAAACCAAAGAAAUACACCAACUGUCUGCGGGAACACUUCGGUCUGAAUACGUUCAAGCCGCUCCAAUGGCAGAUAAUACGCGCAUUGAUAGCCCAGCCUCGUGGCAGCGAUGUGUGCGCAGUUAUAGCCACCGGCUAUGGCAAAUCGUUGAGCUAUCAGUUUCCAGCCUUUUACUUAAAUAAGGUGGUUGUGGUUAUAUCGCCGCUGAUUGCAUUGAUGGAAGAUCAGGUAAACGCACUGAACGAGAGAUCCAAGUCUGGGCCAUGUGCCUGCCUGCUGGGCACUGCGCAGGAGGAUCGGACGAUCAAAGAGCGCAUCCUGGCGCUUCAGUUCAAAUUGGUAUACGCCACGCCGGAGUACAUCACCCGUGGUAAUGGCCUCAAAAUGUUGCGUGAUCUGGGCCACAAUCUUGCGCUAAUCGCCAUCGAUGAGGCACACUGUAUCUCAAAAUGGGGCCACGAGUUUCGUCCCGCCUACCGGCAGCUCAGCCAGCUGCGCUCAGCUGUGCCCCAGGUGCGCAUCCUGGCACUGACUGGAACGGCUACGCGGCGUGUGCGCCUAGACAUCUGCGAGCAGCUGCAGAUGCGCAGACCUCUGGUGCUGUGUAGCAACCUGGAUCGACCCAAUCUUGAGCUAACGGUUCGUAUGCGCAGCUCGAACCUGUGGUCCGAUCUGCAGCAAUAUUUGAACUGGGCUGCCGAAGCAGCGGGCGCCGUUAUCAUCUUCAGCAACACAAUACGCGACACGGAGCACAUGGCCCAGGAGCUGUCCAGCCGGGGAAAACCCUGCCACAGCUACCACAGCAAGUUGCCGCUGGAGGUGAAGCGUCGCAAUCAGCAGGACUUCGCCAGCGACGUGGUGCAAAUUAUGGCGGCGACCACAGCGUUUGGCAUGGGCAUUGACAAGCCCAAUGUGCGCCUGGUUGUGCACUACGGUGCGCCCAGCGACAUGGAGCGCUAUUACCAGGAGAUAGGACGUGCCGGCCGGGACGGCCUGCCGGCCAAGUGCGUGCUCUUCUACAGCGAGGCGGAUGCGGCGAUCCACCGGCGACUGCAGCACAGCCAGCCUAUCAGUCAAUGUCGACGCCAAUAUAUACUCAACUACUUCGAUGACCGAGCGUCGUUGGCCACACUGCAGCAGCGCCCUAAUUGCUGUGACAACUGCCGCAAGGCCCGGCAAGCGAAGCCAGCUGUCGAGGUGGAGUCCGCUCCGCUGGACGUGAGUGACGAAUCCCGUCUGCUGCUGGGCAUGCUGCGGGAUCUGAAUGGGCGCUUGGGACUGGGCAAACUCAUCAUGGCGCUGCGUGGCUCACGGAGCAAGUGCAUCAGCAGCGAGUGCCGCAGCCAUGAGCACUUUGGCAAGGGCUCACACCGUUCCAUAGCGUGGUUCAAGGCCCUGGCAGAGCAUCUCAAAUCCCUAGGCUAUAUCAAGGAUGACUACCAGCGCAGCACGAAAAGCACCUUUGGCUACCUCAUGCCCCAGGUGACGCUGCAGGGCUGCUGCUGGCUGGACGAGGAGCAAGCGAAAGCUCAACCAAUAACCGUUCAGCCCAAUUCCCGUUUGGCUAAACUGCGUCAAACCUGUCGCAUGGCCAAACUGCCCAACGACAAUCUCGACUGGGGCUCCGAUAUUGAUCCAAAUGAAGUGGACGAGGCGGUGGAGAAAGGCGAGAACGAUCCGGUUUGGGGACCCGAUCUGGACAUAGACUUUCAGCAAAUCGACGAGGCCGUGGCCAAGUCGAAGGAGACUCCUCCUGCUGACCAGCUGGAGCUGGAAUCUUUGCUUGCCGAUUGUCAGAAGAUUCUGCACGAGGAGCAGGAGGAAGCGGCGCGCACUCUGAAGGCGCGCAAGCGCGUCUGGCAAUAUCUCGAGGGCAGCUACCAGAAGCGACCCCUCAUACCAAAGUACAAAAAGCAAUCGACUUAA